AGUUCAUCGCCUAUAAAUAUCAGCAAGUUAUCAAGCAAAUCAAACACUCCAAUCAAAGGUUAAAAAUCAAGCUUUAGAAUAUCUUCUUCCAACAGCAAAGUUGCCAAAUUCUGCCAAAAGAAAAUGUGUCUGAUUCCAAGCUUCUUCGGUGGUCGCAGGAGCAACAUCUUCGAACCAUUUUCCCUCGACUUAUGGGAUCCAUUCGAGGGCUUUCCAAUUUCAAGCACAAUCACCAACGCCCCCUCCUCUGCCCGUGAAAUCUCCGCUUUAGCAAAUGCAAGAAUCGAUUGGAAAGAGACCCCAGAAGCUCACGUCUUCAAAGUGGACGUUCCGGGGAUUAAGAAAGAGGAAGUAAAAGUCGAAGUUGAAGAAGGAAGCAUUUUACAGAUUAGCGGUGAGAGGAGCAGAGAGCAAGAGGAGAAGAGCGAUCAGUGGCACCGUAUGGAGCGGAGCAGCGGUAAGUUUUUAAGGAGAUUCAGGCUGCCGGAGAAUGCAAAGACGGGAGAAAUUAAGGCAGCGAUGGAGAAUGGGGUGCUCACUGUGACUGUUCCGAAAGUAGAGGAGAAGAAACCUGAGGUGAAGGCCAUUGACAUCUCUGGUUAAACUUGUGCACAUCAAGUGUUUCCCUUUCUGUUUUCUUAAGUGUUUGGUUUGUUGAGAGAUUGAAGCUUUUAAUCUGAAUUAUGUGUUAUGUGUAAUUGUAUAAAGUUGUGGGUGUAAACAAGAAAAUGUUGGUGAGAGUUUAAUUAAUGAAAUAA